GAUCAAGUUUAACAUUCUCGUUUCAUCGUGAUCUGAGUGGGCAAAAGCCUGGUGUAAACUAAAAGAGAUGGAAUGUCGAACUGUACUCGUGUUCCUGAUCGCCUGUUGCGCCGUGGACGCGGCAACGAUCCUCGGCAUAUUUCCAUACCAGGGUAGAAGUCAUAACAUAAUGUUCGAGCCACUGAUGGUCGGCCUAGCACGAGCAGGCCAUACGGUUGACGUUGUGAGUCACUUUCCUCCAAAGGAAUCAGUGCCGGGACUUAACCACAUAAGCUUGAAGGGAUCGCUACAUUUCUACGUAAACAACAUAACAGUAUCGUUCACCAAAGAGAUGAACGGACUUCACAGCCUGAUUUACUUCAUCAGCGGUCGGGAACCAUCCGACCUUUGCAACCUGAUGCGACUCCCUCAACUGCAGAACAUACUAAAUACAAAAACUAAAUACGACGUCAUGGUAACCGAGGUCUUCGGGACCAACUGCUACCUUGCUGUGGCUCACAGGUUGCAGAUUCCAGUCGUCGGGGUCACAACUGGGUUCAUGUAUUCAUGGGGUUACAGUCCGUUCUUCGGCGACGGAAAUCCCAGCUUUAUACCGUCCCAGUUAGGCAGCUUCACGAACGAGAUGAGCUUUCUCGAACGCGUGGAGAACACGAUUGUUCAUUUAUACUCAAUUUUCCUAUUCAACUAUUACGAGAGAACAAUCUCCGAUCCGUUGGCUCGUAAGUACGUCGAGGACAUACCGCCGUUGACUGAUUUGUACAACAACAUGAGCCUGAUGCUGGUUAACAGUCAUCCCAGCAUCCACGGCGUCCGUCCAGGGAAUCCAGCGAUUGUUGAAGUGGCAGGUCUGCACAUCGAUGAAACCCAAGUUUUGUCGAAGGAAAUAGAAGGGUUUUUAAACUCGUCUAAGGAUGGAGUGGUCUACUUCAGCAUGGGCACGAUGGUGCGGUCUGACAGCUUCUCGUCGGAUAAGAUAUCCGCUAUAUAUCAGAGUUUUUCGGAACAUCCCAAUUACAACGUCCUUUGGAAGGGUAACGCGGAUCAUCUGCCCAAGCCGUUUCCACCCAAUGUGAAAAUCGUUUCGUGGGCACCACAGUACGCAGUUCUCCGUCAUCCAAAAGUGAAGGCGUUUAUUACUCAUGGAGGUUUGAUGGGGACUGAGGAGGCGAUACACGCGGGAGUUCCAAUGAUUGGGAUACCGUUUGCCGCGGAUCAGACAUUCAACGUGGCGGGUUACGCGCAUCGUGGUUUCGCUAUUCAUCUAGACUACAAGGACCUUAACAAGGCUACGUUUUCGAAAGCUUUGAGCGAGGUACUGACGAACCCGAAGUACCGGACAAACGCUGCGUAUUUCUCGAGACUAUUCAAGGAUCGUCCACUUUCUCCAUUGGACGAAGCAGUUUUUUGGAUUGAAUACAUCGUCCGCAAUGGUGGCGAGCCACUUAAGUCUUCAGCCCUUCACCUCUACUGGUUCCAGUAUUAUCUGAUCGAUGUUAUUUUGUUCUUAUUGACUCUCACGGCAUUAGUCACAAUUGGUCUAUUCCUCUCAAUUAGAAAAAUACUGUGUAUUGUCAUUGGUACGACAAAAACUUCAACGUGUCAAACCAAACAAAAGACCAAGUAAAACUAAUCUACUGAUACAUAUUGUCAUGCAAACAAACGUGGAGUCCAGGUUAUCCCAUUU